GUAGGCUUCAGGAGCGUUCAGGAGGCUUGUGCGGAUAAUUGCGUUUUUACUAGUUUUUUAUAUUUAUACACUUAUUUUAUAUAGAAGUAAAUGAGACACGAACAUACGAUCACCGCCGCUUUACUUUUUUAAAGUAUAAAAAAGCCUCAUUCAGCUCCUCGUUAAUAACUAAGAUUUGGUCAUACAACAUAACUUGAACAUUGCGGCGGCAUCCGGUUGCAGCAAAACACCGAUUCUUUGUUCGUGCAAGUUUGGAAUGACAUAGCAUCAUGUACAACGACGAUAGAACUUUCGAUGAUAUCGAAAAAGAUUUUAAUGAUAUUGAAGCCACGAAAGCGUGGACCAAAGUUUAUCAAAAAAUUGGACGCACAUGUAUGUCUUACCCAUAUACCUGCACAGAAGCUAAACGGCUAGAAAACAAAGAGUUAAACCGCUACCGUGAUGUGUACCCAUUUGAUCACACUCGUGUCAUUUUGAAAAGAAGCAAGACUGAUUAUAUCAAUGCCAACAUUGUGCCAGUGGAUCGUGCAGAUAAGAAGUAUAUAUUAACACAAGGACCUCUCGGCUCUACUGUUGGACACUUCUGGUUGAUGGUUUGGGAGCAAAAUAGUCGCGGUAUAGUAAUGUUAAACAAAAUCAUUGAAAAAAAUGAGUGUAAAUGCUUCUAUUAUUGGCCCCAAGGGACUGGCGAAGAGUUUAAAUUGGUGCUUAAUGAAGUGAAAUUAACAGUAGAACAGAUAAGUGAGACAGAAAAUCCCGGUUACUUCACAAGAUUGUUUAAAAUUGUGGACAUGGAUACUUUGGAAUAUCGACUAGUUUCACAUUACCACUACAUAACUUGGCCUGACUUUGGAGUGCCGUCUUCACCAAUGGCAUUCCUUGACUUUUUACUUACUGUACAAAAGUCAGGCGCCUUGGAUGCUGAAGUUGGUCCGCCUAUUGUCCACUGCAGUGCAGGCAUUGGACGAUCCGGAACAUUCUGCCUAGUUGACGCAUGUCUUUCUAUAAUAGAAAAAGAAGGACAGAAGUAUAUUGAUAUUCAGCAAAUAGUUUUGGAAAUGAGGAAGAGCCGAAUGGGCUUGAUCCAGACAGCUGAUCAGUUGCGCUUUGCAUAUCGUGCAAUUAUUGAAGGCAAUAAGAAACUGCAACAAAAACACAUAUUGGAUGAGAAUAUUUACUCCGAGGUUGUUGAAGUCGAAGAGGAGACAGCGCCGUUGCCUCCGCCGCGAGGUGAGAGCCUCGGCAAAGCUCCGGCGCGACCACUGCCAGCUAUACCGGCCAGCGCUUCCCUCGGAAAUAUGAUUCAUGCAUUGAUUUCGGAAUGGUCAAGCUCCGAUGAUGACACCAUAACCGUACCAACCCAGGAUGAAGAAAAAGUCACCCCACCUGAGGAAGAAGAUAAUGAUGUCACCGUGCCAACAGAGAGCAGUGAGCCGAGGAGCACGCUGCGACGGCGGAACACCAGCGAGCCGUCCGAGGAUGCGCCGGCCAAAAAGCGACACGCAAGAAGGUCGUCAGAUCAGUGGAAUGCUAUAAGGAGGUCUCUAUUCAAGCCAGUUACUCUUACCUUUGGCUUUCUACUCGUCGGCAUCUUUAUAUACUCAUAUGUGAAACACUAGACGUAUUGGUUUGUGUUAUAUUUUUAUCAGCAAUUUGGAAAGGAAAAAGAUUUCGUAAUUCAGCUUUAAUGCAUCGUCAAAUUUGGAGCUCCCAUAUAUUAUUUAUAGCAUAAGAUCUCUUUUAACCAGAUAGAACGAGAUACUGGAAGCAAAUGAGAAGACCGAACGUGGUGAGGGAGCCUUGCUAGAAGCUUUUGCCUGGCAUGAUUCGACUGCUCAGCCUGGGAGUUGCAUUAGAGAGCAUUUUGGUAGACGGAAUAUUACAUUUAAGAAAUAUUGUUGGGGAAUUAAAUUGACUUAAGAAAGACCUGAGACGGACAAGCAUUUGAUUUAAGAACAGUGACUUAAGAAUGUUGAAGGCUUAAAGAGAUGUGCCAGGACCGUGUCAAGUGGAGGUCCGUAAUCUCUGCCUACCACUCUAUAUCACGGGCGUGAUUAUAUUGUUUUUGUUGUUUUAAAUACAUCUCCAUCGUGGUCUUAACUAAAAUACAAAGGAGACCUAUAAAACCUGCGUCACAGUUUGAGAAAAGUUUUAACAAGAUUAAAUUACCUUGCCCGUGUAAUAUGUAUAUAAAUGGUAAAUAACUAUGGAUUCAAAUUACGGGUCUAUUUUGUAAUUGACAUUGCGCAUCAUUUCAUCACAAUAGUCAUCACACAUUUGAUACAACAUAAUAAUAAUAUCCUAAUCAAUAUUUAUGGUUAAAUUUAAGGCAUAUUUAAUAUUAAACGAAAACACCAAUAUAAUGUUUAAUGAAUAUAACAAUAUAAUUGUUGAAUGAUAAUUUAUGUAAAUAUGUAGGUUUUUAUUGAUAAGACAUUUCGAGAGCCAGUUACAUUUUAUAAUUUUACAUUUGAAUUUAACUAAUUAUUUUUUAUAUCGACGUAAAUAAUCCACGUCGUCCUAUCUAAUGGAAAUACUCUAGUAUGUAAUGCUACUUUGUCCUAUAUAUUCCACUAAUACAAAAAGACUUUACGAAAUAUUACUGCUCGUACCAAAUAAGACCUUUACAGAAAAUGCCUUUACUGCCUAUAUUUGUUUUAUAACAUAGCACUUUUACCUGUGACAUAAUAGCAAAUUUUAUUGUUUUUAUUUGUGUAAUUGAUAAGUUAAAGUUUGGAAAAAGAAUCAAAUUGUGUCCGUGCGUUUGCACAAAUUAGUUGUUAUUACUAACAUUUUUAAUAAUAUCAUUUAUAAAAUAUUUACAGGUAUAAUAUGA